CUCAAUGAGCAGAGAGGGUUUCCAAGUAUCACUGCUAUGUCGCUAGGAAUCAUGUCUUCAUUUUCUUCUUCAACCCUUCGGUUUUGCAAAGGUUACUUCCUCUGGAGAAGGAUUCCUCUACAUUACAGCACUAACGUUCUCUUUUUGAGAAAGAUAUUUAUUUCAACGUCAUCGGCCGUCAAUCGCUUUUGCCAGCCAGAGGGAAAACAUUAUGUGUCUCCACAGAACAUCACUCCAAAUGACAAUCAAGUACUCUAUCGUUUUAAAUGGAUGAAACACAUUCGUUUCAUAUCUAGAUUGAAAAUCUUACACGUGGCUUUAAUGACAAGUUUCACUUGCCCAAUAACCUACUGGUACUUAUGUGGAGACAUAUCACUUAACUCCUUCAUUUGUGCUGUUACCGGAGCUACUGGUACAACAGCUGGUUUUGUUGCUUUGAGCUAUUUUUUUCGUCGAAUUAUUGGUGAACUUUCUUUCCACGAAGCCACUCAACAAGUAACAAUUUCAAGUCUGACGUUUUGGGGAAAUCGUCGCAACAGAACCUUCCAUCUUGAGAGCUUUGUUCCAAUUAGUGACUCAGGAAUAGACUUAAAUAAUUUUUUUCAUACAUUAGAGGUUUAUGGUUGUAAAGACAAUCGCAAGGAAAGCUAUCUUUUGAAUUUUCGACAUUGUAAGAUUUUCGAUGGAAAGUUUUUCACUGUUACUGGAUUGCCUAAAGAUAUAAUUGGUCAAGGAGAGAGUGCAUUUUCGCCAAAGAACGUAUCUCGUUAAUUUGGUUACUAGUAAUCUUUCCCUAAGGCAAGUUUGCCCCCUAGUGUAAAAGGAGUUCGUUCCAGUCUUCAUCAGUUCGCCCCCAAAUCAUUCAACUCGUUGAGUAUGACAGAACAUAUUCCUUUUCCUUCGAAAUCGUGUUUUUUUUCUCUAAAUCAAACGAGUUAACUAGUUCUUAGAAAUUGCUUCUACCAAAAGUACAAAGUUGUGUCAAACCCUUCAGAUUAAGACUGUAAUAAUGUAGCGACCUUGCAUUACUUGUGCUUUAGCUAACAUGGCUAGGCAAUUUCAUGUUGAUCAAAUUUUGUUAUGGUUUUGUGGUGAAAUUGCUCAUUAGUGGGAAUAUAUCAUGGUUUUGACAGGAAAUGAAUAGAUUCUGUGGUAAAGGAAACAAGUUGAGAGAUUUGGGGGUGAACUGGUAAAGGUGAUGUGGAACUUGUUUUACACUAGGGAGUGAACUUGCAAAGGUGGUAGGGUACUUACUGUGGGUUGAAACCACCAUAAACCAUUAAUAUUCAAGGUUUACCAAAAGGAUCAUUUCUUACAUAAUAUACAUUGCCAUGAAACAUUAAUCAUUAAAUUCUACUUAAGUUCUUUCCUUAGAGGAUCCUGAAGAAGGGGGAUACCUAGGCCACUUCCCAGUGGUAAAAUCACAUUCCCAUUUGAGUAAUGAUGCAUGAAUAUGCUUUGAAGUGCUUUACAAUACUUUGCAGAAGACUUAGGUCACACUGCAUUUAGCAAUUUUUCCAUUUUUUGAAAGGACAUUUUAGAAACAAGGCCAGACCACAGCAUUGGGAUCUGUGUCCCUACCCUUUGUGAGAAGUGCAUGGGUUCUUUAACAUUCCCUGCUAGCCAGUAUAGGGAAGAUGAAGAGGACAGGCCUAUAGUGGCCUGCUGUCUACAGGGAUGCAAGAUGAGGCUUAAAAUUGCAACAAGAUGUGGAAUAUGAGAAAUUUUGAAAGAGGAAUGAAAAUAGGAGGGCAAAACCAGGAUAUGCUCUGUUUCAAAGACAGGAUAGGGGAUAAGAUGUGUACAUUUGGG